UGUCAACAAAGAAGCGCAUUGAUAAGUAUCCAGUGGGAACAUGUUUGUCACUAUCUGGGAUCAUAUAUACAUUGUUUGCCCGAAAAGUGAAUAGAGUCGUCAAAAUAAAAUCUAAGGAUGAUUCCGCCAUGACAGGUACUUUGGUUAAGAAAAUGGAGAAAUGUGAUUCUUUACUUCUUCCAUAAUGGAAAAUUACCUGGAUCUACCCCAAGAAUGUUUUAAUCAUUAUGCCGUUGACCAUGGAUAACUGCUGUAGAGUCCCCCCGCAAUCUGUUGAAUAUUGUCAUGAAUGUAAUACUGUAUAUCAAGACAAAGACCUAAAUGGCAACAUCCAAGAUAUGAAAUCUGAAGAGAUAGACUAUGGGACGGGAUUUUCUAGCCACUCCACCUCAGCAGAUCCAAUGAGUAUGGAUGACUCGGACGAUCCCCACAGUGUAAAUGAGGAGCUGAACUCGUCCUCAUAUCACUUGGAUGUAAAUGAUGAUCUGGUGCACAUCAACAAAGAUGAACUGAUGCAGGAUUCUUUUCAUGACUGCGAGGCCUCACGUACAUACACUGUGCCAACCCCUAUUGAUUUCAAUCUAACGGAGGUUGUGGAUCCCCUUCGGGAGUUUACUCAAGUUAGUAUUAUGGAAAAAAAAUAUUAUGUUCUCCCUUCUAUCACCAAAACGUCAGGUACACCAUACUCCACUAGGAGUGAAAAUUCUGUAGACAAUGAACCUCUUGAAAAAAGUCUUCUACGAGAACUGACAAAAAAUCAAAUGGACUUUUCAAGGGAAAAAAUGGAAAAAGAAGCAGAUUUUUUUGCGGAUCAUCGAAUUAACACAAGCACAGUAAAAGUUACUCCUAGAAUCAAUCCUCUUCCUCCUAUUCAACCAACAAACAACCGUUCUCCUGAUGAAAACAAACAACCGCUCUCCAGAUGAAAACAAACAACCGCUCUCCACAUGAAAACAAACAACCGUUCUCCUCAUGAAAAAAACAACCGCUCUCCACAUGAAAACAAACAACCGUUCUCCUCAUGAAAACAAACAACCGUUCUCCAGAUGAAAACAAACAACCGCUCUCCUGAUGAAAACAAACAACCGCUCUCCACAUGAAAACAAACAACCGUUCUCCUCAUGAAAACAAACAACCGCUCUCCACAUGAAAACAAACAACCGUUCUCCUCAUGAAAACAAACAACCGCUCCCCACAUGAAAACAAAAAACCGUUCUGCAGAUGAGAUGUGAACAUUAAAGGAGAAUUGUUUGUGCAUCAUUUAAUAGUGUUAUACGUGUAUAAUGAAAACCAGUCACAUUAGAUCCGUCGCAUUUAUUAAAAAACUGGCAAACGACAAAUUACACUCUAUCAGUGAACAUCAAGCUGAACAACAAGGUCUGGAAAUGGAGGUUAAAAAGUGAGGGGAAAAGAAACAUUAAGUACUCGCAGAGGAAAUACAUCAAUGCAUUACUCCCAAACAAACACAAAGACACGGAACGAGUUUCAUGUGACAUUAGACUUGUAAAUGUCGAACAUUUCUAAAUUCCAUCUGUGUUAUUUGAAUUACUGUACUGAAACAUUAACACUGUAUUCAAAAAGUUUAAAAUACAUUAUCAAAAAUCAACAAAACUUUAGGAUGUUACACACACACACACACACACACACACAUUUUAGUAUGGUUUAGAAUUUAAAACGUCGCUGCCUACCCUAAUGUUCUCUACUGUGAAUUUAUCAUUAUAAUGAUGCAAGUUGUACUUCAAAAUACAAAUGUUGAAAUGCUUAUAUUUUACUACAUACAGUAGACUGCAAGAUUAAAAAAAAUCUUUACGCAGAUUGUAGUUUGCCAGUAUAUCAAUCUUUUCGUGUAUUUACACAGUUACAACAGCCCAAGACUGGUUCAUUUACAAUACACCUGUACAUAUUCACACGGACCUCUUGUCCAUCUAUUGCUCAACGUUGUUACUAAAUGUAUAAACAUGUACUCCAAUGGGUUUUUUAUGACCCCGGAAUCGAAGAUUCGGGAACAUUUAAUUUUGGCCCGUCUGUCUUUCUGUUCGUCCGUCUGUCUGUCUAUUGCAAAAAAAACUUUAACCUUGGUCAUAUCUUUUACAUUAUAAGGGGUAGACCUUUCAUAUUUAGUACGUGUAUUUCUUGUGGCAAGACCUUUUCAUUGACACCAAAAUGUUUUAACUGGUGGUGACCUUUACAUUGACCUUUGACCUACUUUUAAAACAUUCUAAUAUAAGACAUCUUUUAAAUCAUAAGAGGUACUGUUUUUAUUUUAAGCAUGUGCAUUUUAUUCGAGAUAUUUUCAACGAUACCAAAUUUGGUGACCUUGAUAUGGACCAUUAACCUAGUUUUGGGAAAUUUUUUCCCAAAAAAACCUUUAACCUUGGUCAUAUCUUUUACAACAUAAGAGGCACAGCUUUUUAGAAAUUUUUAAAUAAGCCAUAUUGUUUUAACCGUAAGGCAUUGCUUUCAUAUUUAGUAUGUGCAUUUCUUAUGAGAAGACCUAACCAUUGGUACCAAAUUUGUUAAUCUUGUGACCUUGAAAUUGAUUCUGACCUACAUGUACUUUGAAAAUUAUUCAUGAAUUUGUUGUAAUCCAGGGGCAUCAGUGUUUCACAAACACAUCUUGGUUUUUUUUAAAGAACCAAUUCAUUCAUCAAUUUAAAUGCAACUGACAACAAUUUAUCUUGUUUGUUACAUGUAUGAAGAAACAACAUAAAUGUACAGUGUAAUCAUUAACAUCAACAUAACUCAUAUACAUGUCAAUGUAGUGCAAAUUUUCUUUGUUAAUCGAUUUUCAUUCAUAUCAAUGUAUUUAGUUUUCGAAGAUGCAAUUGUUAUUUACAUAAAUAUAAUAGAUUACUCUUAAAUCUAC